CCGACAGAAUGGCUGCCCAGUGCCGGAGCCCUCGGUGCACGGCGGAGAAGAAGGGAUUCCGGCGGGAACUCGACUCCUGGCGGCACCGGCUGAUUCACUGUGUAGGUUUUGAGAGCAUUCUAGAAGGGCUGUAUGGACCAGGAUUACGUAAAGACCUCAGUUUAUUUGAUGACUGUGAACCAGAAGAGCUGGUUGAUUGGUGUGUGGAUGAUAAAUGCUCAUUAUGUAACCUCCGCAGGGACUCAGAUGAUUACACACCGUCAGGUGGUUCUGCACAGUCAACACCUACAGGGGAACUGAUAUCUCAGGGCCAGUUCAACACAGAGAAAACUGAAUGCCAAGCUGAAAAUUAUUUAAAUGCACUCUUUCAAAAGAAAGAUCUUCCUCAGAACUGUGAUCCCAACAUUCCACUUGUAGCUCAGGAACUAAUGAAGAAAAUGAUACGUCAGUUUGCCAUUGAAUAUAUUUCAAAAAGCCGAAAAAUGUAUCAAGAUAGUAAUGGAACAAUAGCAGAUGAUUCUUUUGGUUGUAAUGGCAUUCAGAAAAAAUAUACAGAUAGCCUACUUCUUGAUGAGCAGGACGGUCCUCUCGACCUCACCGUUACAAGGAUUCAAGAGCAAACUUAUCAGGAUGGAGUUUUAGAUCUCUCUUUUAAAAGAAAUGGUAAAACAUGUGAGGAGAACGCCAAAACCAGAAAUUCAAAAAAUGGUGUCACGAAUGGCUACUUUUUAAGAAAGAUGAAAAAAUCGACAAAGCUACUUAAGGAAAACACAGCUUUAUUUAAAGUCUUAGCUUCAUGGUGUUCAUACCACCAGCAACAAAUAAUGGGUAUGCUGAAAUUCUUAAAAGGGGAACAAGAGUUCUGUUUACAAUCUUGUCAUAACAAUGCACAAAGUCAUUCAGCAGAACAGUUAUCCAGAAGACCAUACACCUCACGUGGUACUUGUAGAAUAUGUACAAACCAAAAAUCUAGGAGCAUCAAGGUAAAUGAGGAAACACAACUAGCAAAUGUUCCAUACCUCACGGUUUGUCUAAAGGAUUUACGAUUCACAUGGCCUAACUUGAAUUUAGGAACUGUUAAACUGAACCCAAUUAAAAAGGAAGAAGUUAAUUUAAGUGAUCAACUUUUGCACUGCAUUAAUACACGUUCGAAAAAGAAGAAACAAUCGGUAUAUUUUGACUGUUUAAAUUCCCACCAUUCCACAACUCAAAAAAAAUCACCCUUUUCUUCAUCUUUGCUGAAGUUAAAAGUACAGAGGACUGCGACUGGUUUGGAAAGUAACAUGAUAAAACCUGGCUUACAAUGUAGAUGUACUCAACCACAAUGUCGACUGAAACUAAGCAAGUGUUGUCAAACAGAUGCAUCAGAUAGACAUUAUAUGACUGUAAUAAAAAAUGUAACAUUUAAAGAGUCAUGUACUAAUAAAAAGCUAAAUAGACUGAAGCCUUAUGGCAAGAACAUACAAAAAAACUCCUCUGACUCAUCCACAUCUAGCUGUGUAAAUUUUGGAAAUCUGAUAAAGCACUUUCUUAAUAAUGAAACAAAUGGUUUUGCUGAGCUGCUUACCCAAAAAGAAAAUUGUUCCAAGAACAAUGUUGAAACGAGGUAUCAUAGAAAUAAUGAAAAAAUGUUGAUAUUUGAUGACUCCUUAUCUGAGGGUAAAACAGUUGACUUUGCCAGGGAAUUUAAUAAUCUGUCAGAUACUUUUCUUAGGGAAAAUAAUGAUUUUGUGAAGAAUUCACCAAAUACCUUAACAAUUGCUGUAGAAGAACAUGCUCAUGAUGUUUUAGUCCUAGAAGAUUGCGAAAGCCCUAACAGAGAGAGUAAAUUUCAGAAGAUAACAGAUCUACCUCAUUGUACACUGAAAAUACCAUCUAAAAAUGUGAACUGUAUGAAAAACGGUCAGCUUGGUUUACCUUACAGAAUAAAACAUUCUGUGCCACAAAGGAUAGUAAUUGAGAAACGGAGGGAGAAUAAGAGGCAUGCUGAUCAGGAUGUACAGAUUGAAAGUACUAUUCCGUCCAAAAGAUAUUCUAGAAAUAUACUGGGAAGAUGUAAAUUAUGUGACCUGUCCCAUGGACUAUGUGCUUUCCAAAAUAACAGUAACUUAUUUUGCAAAUGUACAAUCCAAAAAAACUCAGGUAUUUUAAACAAUUUUAAAGCAGAAGAUGUGAAGUUUAGAAAUCCUGAAAAAAAUAGAAAUGCUCAUUUAAAAGUUGUAGUACAACGUCUAGAAGAUUCCAAACUUUCAGAUAAUGGUGCAAUAAACAGCAAGGACAUAUGUAAAUCAAACAUAAACCUAUGCAACAGUAAAGUUAAAGCAAGUCCUUGUGUGUUAAAAAUGCCACGAAAAACACUGAACAAUGUGGAGCAAAGCAACUGUCUCAAUUCAGCAUUGGUAGCACAGACAAACACUUCAGGUCUUGAGGAGAGUCAUAAGCCUGUAAGCAGGGCAUCAAUCCCAACGACUUCAUCAGAUAAUUCAUACUUCAGCCCAAUAAAGCUUAUGUUUGUGUCUAAAGUUGAAAGUGAAGAUGGAGUGAAAUACACUUUAAGCUCUGAAUAUACUCCAAUGACUAACCAUCAAAAUGUCAAGCUUUCUGACAGUGUGGUAAAGGCAAGCCAUACUUGGAAACUUAACGGCAUUCAGGAUAGGUUUCUUAAAACUAUGGUGCCUCCAAAUCUACCUGAAAGUAAAGAUCCUGGACAAAAUCUUGCAAAAAUGUCCAAUUGCCCUGAUCAAAGUCAUUUUGAAAGGAACAGACGCAAAAAGCGCUUAUGUCAGAUUUCUAAGAACAUUGCCAUUGAAAGCCAACACAAAAAGUGUUCCCAAAAGACACUUGCUAAUGCAGGAAGUGACACUGCCAUCUUUCCCAAUGAAACUGGCAAAAAUAACAAACACUCUUCUUCAAAAUUGGGUAAGUCAAGGAUUGCCAAAACGUAUGUUGUUCAAAAUAAAGGGUCAGACACCCAGUUAAGGAUCAAAAAAGUGGAAAGGUGCCUGAGAUCUUCUGAAAGAAAUCUACCCAUAAAUGAAGCUAAAUCUCCAAAUAUCCAAAGAAUUUCUAAACGACUUAAGAAACUUAGAAAGCAGUCUAAUUUCACAGGUAUUUGUAGGACCAAUGACUCCAUUUCACAGAAAGGAGGGAAAGCCUUUCUAUCACCUUUACAGGAAGAAAAUAUACAGUACAGUAAAAAAGAAGAAAUUGAUGGAGCAGAACAAGACCAAAACCCUCAGACAACCUUGGAACAGAAAUGGACUCCGGGCUCUUUAAAGAUUAGAAGACUGAAAUGUUCAAGUUAUAACACCAGAUCUAGAAAGCACUUGGCAUCAUCUUUUAGUUCUGUUCCAUCUUCUAAUUUUUCAGUUCUGAGUGCCUCCUGUCAUAAAUCAAGAAAGUUACAUCUUAGCAACUGUAGAGCCUAUAAAAUGAGAUUAAGAAGUUAUAAACAGUCACAUAAACUACCUUUACUAGAUACAAAAUACACUGAAAACCAAGAACAUUGUACUGCAAAUAUAGAUGUACAACCCAGUAAUGUUCUUAAGUGGUGGUCUGCAUCCACUUCCAAAGAAUCGUUGUUAAAAGAUUUAGAAAAAAAGUACGAACAAAUAGCAAAUACAUGGCUUGAUGAGAAUGAGGAAAAAGAUAAUGAAGCACAAUCUUUGUCAACCUUGAAAUUUUGCAGGUCAGAAAUAAGGUCACCUGUGCAGGAGCUGUUUACAAAAAAAUGUGACAUGGGUGACCUUGCUGCCUGGUUUAUGCAAACAACAGAAACACAACCCCUUUCAAUAGUGAGAAAAGCUAAUGCUCGAAGCCCUGUUAAGAAAAUUAAUAGGAAGGAACCUACAAUAAAAGCAAAGAAAUCCAGCAUUAAUAUGUGCAGUUAUAAAAAACACUUUAAAAAAUGUGCUGGGUCCACUUCAUCAGAAACAUUAACAGAACGGCACAAUGUUUCAAAAAUUAUUAAAGGAAAAUGUAAAGUUGGCCAGGAUUCAAACAUUGUAAAAAGUGUGACUGAUCAGAGUCAAGAUGUCUGUGUAAAAUUUGCCUGUCCUGAAAAAAAUAUAGAUGUGACCAAAGCCCAAUCAUCCGACGUUGGUGUAGGAAAUGCUGCUUGCGAAGAUGCUGCUACUAUAUCAAAUUCCAGAAGACCUAAUUCAUUGGGCUCUUAUAAAAAACAAAAAAUGUCAGUGCAAAAUAAGUCAAAUCCAAAUACCAUGUAUAUUUGUUAUAGCAGCAAGCAAAACAUUCGAGAUUGUAAAGUUUUUCUAACAAAACUUGGUGACGUUGAAAGUAAGAGGUCCUGUGCCUAUAGAGAGUCCUACUCUGGAUCUGUUAUUACAGGGAACAAAGCCAAAUAUAAACCAGAAUGGAAAUUGAAAAGAAAUUUUGAUGCAAAGUAUUGUCUUCAAAUGAACAAGUCUCAUGUCAGAUCUCCACGUAAUUCUACCAGUCAAAAAAACUACUUUGGAAUGUGCCUUCGAAAAUCAAAAGCUCCAGGUGCAAUUUAUAACAGUCAUUCCAAAUCAUUGAUACUUGAAAGACCGAAACGGCUUUCUAAAAUGACUUUGUAUGUGGAAACAAACACAAAGAGAUCUAAACCACAGAUUUCUAAUGUGGGAAAGACGCAGAGUGAAUGGCCAAACUUCCAAUUAGGUCCUAUUAAGCCCAUUGGAAUUCCUGCUAUUAGAGGGCUUUCAAGUAAAAGUGGCACUUACUCUCUCACCCCAAUUCGUAUCCCCCUCCAGUAAGGGGUAUAUAUGCCGCUAUUAUGAAGAACCGUCGAAACAUCUCUUAUUUGGCAGCUGGUGUCAAGUGUCAUAUAUGACAAACCAAUUUGUUCUCCACUUUGUCAUGGUACAUGCUCACUCAUUAGUGAUAGAAAAAAAAUACCAAUGUGCCUUCCUGAGUUCUUUUGUCCAUUAUGGUGCUCUAAAGAAACCUCAGCGGUUGGAAUGUGCUGCAUUAUACACAUUGCACUAAUGUAUAUAUUAUUUUACUUGCAUCUCAGAAUGUCUCCUACCGUUGCGUCUGUUUAACGUUAUAAGAAUUUGAAUUUCUAUUAUGUAUGUGGCUGGGGUGUUAAAGGGUUUGUCUCAUGACAAAGACUUACCCCUAACUACAGGAUAAGGGAUAAGUGGCUGAUCAGCAGGGGUCUGACUGCUGGGACACCCAGCUGAUAAUGAGAGCAGGGGUCCCCAUGUACCUCACGUUUGAGUGGAGCGGCGGUCACGCACACUGCCGCUCCAACCAUAUGGAACUGCUAGAGGUAGCUGAACACUUGUCUGUCAGUCCCAUAGAGUUGUGUGGUGCGUCAGCACCCAGGUGUAACUGAAGCUUCACUCAAACAGGGGAAAACUAAGCCACUAUUCUCAUGAUUGUCGGGGGGCCCCAGUGGUCGGACACUUAUCUCCUACCCGGUAGAUAGGGGAUAAGUCUUUGUCAUUAGAAAUGCCUUUAAGGCUGGUUUCACACGGGCGUUGCGGAAAAAGAUGCGGGUGCGUUGCGGGAACAUGCGUGAUUUUUCCGCGAGAGUGCAAAACAUUGUAAUGCGUUUUGCAUACGCGUGAAAAAAAUCGGCA